ACAGCCAUAUCUAAGAUGGCGUAAUUGAAGACGUUUACCUGGCUGUACUUAUCGAUCAUAAAUAUUUUGCAGGUCCGUAACAAAAUUAAUAACGUUUGUGUAGUACUGAUGAAAAGUACGCAGAUAGGGAUAUUUAUCAAGAUUACUACUCUAUUUUCUACGCAUCCUAACCAAUUUACGUAAAAAAUUAUUGCUGUGUUGAAUAAGUAUCAGUAUUCUAUGAACUCAAAGGAUAAGAUAUUCGGAACAGGCGACGGUGAAGCCUCAAGAGUGCUGCUGUGUCAUUCUUAGGUUGAACUCGUUCAUUAAAGUGGACAUGUUCAGCUGCAUACAUGCUUCUUCGACUGCUGUAAGGACAUCACCAGAGCUGUCUCCUUCACCAAAUAGUGGUUUGCCAGUAGAAACUGAUACAAUGAAAAGAGCUGCAGCUAAGAAAUUAAUUGAAAGAUACUUCUAUCAGCUGAUAGAUGGCUGUGGCAACUCCAACUGUGAUAAUGAGUAUUGUGCAUCAAGCGGAAAAGUAAAGAAUUUGACGCCAAAUCAGGCUGCUGCACAAGCUAUCCAACUUUUCUCCCUAGAAGCUAAGCUUUGUGAUGCCCAACCAACCAAAGUUGCCAGAACACAGUCAGAUUUAACAAGCAGAAACAAUGAGAAUGGAAGAUCAGAUGAUGGUAACUCAAGACUUGGUUCAUCAAAGAUUUCACCAACACACAAUACAACUGAAUCUGAUUCUGGUAUUCCAAAGAAUUCAAGGCUUGAUAGCCAGUCCACAACACAUUCUUCAAAAGAUAAGGAAGUGCCAUAUAUUACUGAAGAGAAACUUCUGAAAAUAUUGGAAACAUGUAAGCAAGAGAAAAAUUAUGCGUUAUUGAUACGGACAUUGGGCAAAGUGUAUUCAAGUGCAGAUUCAUUGGGUAGGAGCUUCAUAAAACAGCAUCCAGACUCACCGAUCGACGCUAUGUUAGACAAGGCUCCGAAAGAUCUGAAAAAUCUGAAGAAAGAAGAUGUGAGAACAAUGGAGGGAGACUUGGAUAAAGAUGAGGAUAGUCAGGAAGCAGAUGAAGAGGAAGGAGAAUGCUCACAAAGUAGUCGAAGCCGAAAGAGUACAAGUCCUUCUGAUGACCUGAAGGUAGAUAUUCCAUCACUCCGUCGUGCAUAUCAGGCACUUUUUGAGGUGCCGGGGAAUGUUUUUGAGAGUGCGUUGGUGCAAGCACUCAGUACGCUCUCUGAGAAUUUGGAGUUGGACCUUCGAGUGUUUGGACGAGUCUACAGGGAUGAUUCUGAGGAGUUGCUGAAUGUGUUUGUGAUUGUGUUGGAGAUCCCUGCUCUUGGUUCAUCAGAGUACCUGGAGAUGGCACUACCACUGGUAUGCAAGGCUGCGUCACAACUCCCGUUGAAAGUGCAGGCUCGUCUCGCCCAGGUCUGGGCUCGAAAUUGUCGCUCGCGUCUUAAAGGGAUGCUCGAAGCGCUUCAGCAACUUGUGACACUCAAAGUCAUCUCAGGUCAGUUCUCGCGAGACUACUGUGUGCAGGACGAAGAAACAAUCACAGCACCGACAAAACUGAUGAAGGUGGUGUAUUAUGCCAAUAUUUUGGCUGGGGAAUUGGAUCCGCCAGAACUACGGCAGGAAGACUGCAGUGCUGCCACAGAUGACUCUCUACUGAGUACCAUCUCGGGUAAUAAGAACCCUCGCCCACCACAGCACGACGAUCCUCUAGGAGUAGAACUACAAGUUAAUGUUCUUGACUCGCGAUGUCCAUAUCUUCCAUUCACCGAGUUCUACAACGAACCCCUUAGUGAUGCUAUCGAGAUGGACAAGGACUUUGCCUAUUAUAAGAGCGAAUCAGCGACGUCGUCUUCACAGCCGACAAAAAAGUUCAGCUUCAUGAACUAUGCAUUCAUUCUUACACCCGCAACCAAAACAUUGGGGCUGUACUAUGACAAUAGAAUACGAAUGUACAGCGAAAGACGGAUGAGCUUCUUUCAUUCUGUGGUCGGGCAGCCGACAAAUCCGUACCUCCGGCUCAAGGUCAGAAGAGAUCACAUCAUAGAUGAUGCGCUAGUGGAGUUGGAGAUGGUAGCAAUGGAAAAUCCAAAAGAUUUAAAGAAACAGUUGGUCGUUGAAUUCGAAGGCGAACAAGGAAUUGAUGAAGGUGGUGUGUCGAAAGAAUUUUUCCAGUUGAUCGUGGAAGAAAUCUUCAACCCAGACUAUGGAAUGUUCACUUUUCAAAAUGAGACGCAGACCGUGUGGUUUAAUCCAACUUCCUUCGAAAGCGAUGCUCAGUUUACCCUAAUCGGAAUUGUGCUCGGACUUGCAAUUUAUAACAAUAUUAUCCUGGAUGUCCAUUUUCCGAUGGUGGUUUAUCGGAAACUUAUGGGCAAGAAGGGCACGUUCUAUGACCUUGAAGACUGGAACCAAAUUUUAUUCACGGGACUGAAAGGAAUGCUUGAAUACGAGGCUGACGACAUGGAAGAAACUUUUGUGCAGACGUUCCGCAUCUGCUACCAAGAUGUUUUUGGUACAACUUUCUUUCAUGAGUUAAAGGAAGGCGGUGAUCAAGUAUAUGUGUGCCAGGACAACAAAAAGGAGUUUGUCGACUUAUACGCCGAUUUCCUCUUGAACACAUCGGUAGAAAAACAAUUUAGAGCUUUCAGACGCGGCUUCCAGAUGGUGACAGAUGAAUCACCACUUCAUCUGCUGUUCAGGCCUGAGGAAGUGGAACAGUUGGUGUGUGGCAGCAAGAACUUCGACUUCAAUGAGCUGGAGGAAGCAACGGAGUACGACGGUGGUUACACGUCGGACAGUCCCAUCAUCCGGAACUUCUGGGAGAUCGUUCAUAAGAUGCCUCUUGAAUCAAAGAGGAAACUGCUCCAAUUUGCUACCGGCAGCGACCGCGUUCCUGUGGGAGGUCUGAGCAAGCUGAAAUUGAUCAUAGCGAGAAACGGUCCAGAUUCCGACAGGUUACCGACUGCUCACACUUGCUUCAAUGUUCUUCUGUUGCCAGAAUAUGAAAGUAAAGAAAAAUUGAACGAUAGGCUCAUGAAGGCGAUUAACUACUCAAAAGGUUUUGGAAUGUUGUAGACUGUACAAAUCUGUUUUUUGCUGCAGAAUGUUUUAUUGUAUUGCCUCUCUCUCUCCCUCCCUCUCCCUGGAAUGCUCUCCUUUCCCGAUGAAAUUUCUUUGUUUAUUUUUCUAAGUUCUUAAGUUUUGAUACGAGAUAUAGAAUGAAGAAAAAUGCCAGAAUAGUCAAAAAAAUAAUUAGACGGCUAUUACGGAAUCCAAAGUAGAGGGAAAAAUGUUCCAAAUGUUAUUAAAAAAACCUGUCCCAUCCCCUCAAAUUUAAGACUUUGAAAGUGUACAGUUUUAUCUGCAAAUAGAUUCUUGUUUUCGUCAUUAUUA